CGAAUAACAAACUUUAAAUGCCUUAGAAAACCACUACUUUGACUGCUUUGACCACUAUUUGUGAAACUAAAGUUUCGUGACUGUUGAUGGAGCCUAAAAUUUAUGCAAUUUGUAGAACAUAUACACCAAGUAGUUUACUUAUAUGUCCGAAUGAUUUAAUUCUCCACAAAUUCGUGUUUUUUUCGCGAAUAUUAACUGUGAUUAGCAUACAAUCUCCUAUACUUGCUAGUAGAGAAUAAAGAUUGAAGUUUGAUCAAUAAAUCAUUGCAUGUAACCCUUAUGGACACGUCAUCAUUUCAAGAAACAUUCAACACUGAUCCUGAUUUAACAUUCGACGAUUUGCCGAUGCCAUUUCGAAUGUUAAAUACAUUAUUAUGGAGUGUCAUUGAUGAAGCAUGGAAUCACAUUGAAACAAAACAAAAGUAUGAAGGUGAAAAAUUGAAUUUUCAACAGUCAUAUCUACAAAAUUUGGAUGUAAAUAUGGAUAUUGAAAAUAUUCACAUGUUUACAAUUGUUGGACAAUAUUUAUUCAAAAUAUUUGAAAGUCAAAUUAGUGUAUAUGAUGAUUUGAACAAUCUACGUUUGAUUUCUGAAUGGCAUUCUAUGAAUGAGACUACUAACAGUUGCAACAGUAGAAUUCGUACAUUGAAAACAAUUCAAUAUGAUCAAAAUGUUAUUUUGCUGUUAAUUAUUGAUGACUCAGGUCAAAUAAAAAUGAUGAUGUUUGUCGAAGGUUUAUUCAUUCCAAUAAAGCCGGCUAAUCUAUCAUCAUCAGAUAAUUUAUUAUAUCAUAUACUCAAUGGGAAAAUUUCUAUCUGUGGAAAAUUUUAUAUCUCUUUAAAUGAAGAUUCAAUUAAUUCGAAAAUUUGGUUAGAAAUUUAUCGUCUACCAGUAGACCAAUGGCUGAAAGAAAUUUUACCGAUUACUCAAGAGAUUCAAAAUGCGAAACUGUCUACACUUCGUGCAGAGACUCAAGAUUUAAUCCCGAAUCUGAUCGAAAGAAAAUCAUUUUUUGAAAACCAAUUCCAGCUUAGUUCGCCUGUACUAUUAGGAAGAAUUAAAUAUCCGAUAAUGUCACCAAAUUCUGCAUGCAAAUCAAUAACAGCAGCACUCAAACAAGCUAAUGAUAAAGCCAAUCUCUUUAGUUAUUCAAAUCUCAGCACUUGUUUAUAUUCCGAUGUAAUCAAUGAAACAAAUCAGUUGGCAUUUAUCAAAAAUCGAAAUUAUCCUUCCUGUUUGACAGCUCGACUUAACAAAAAGAAUGAUGAAAAUAAUUCACUGUCAAUUCAAGGAUCUACAGAGAGUCCUGAAUCGGCUAAACAGAAAAUAGAAACAUUAGAAAUAAGUCAGUCGAAUUCACCGAGUUCAAUAAAACAACCGACCACUAUCAAUAAAAAAUCUUCUUCUAAACAUAAUCCAUCCGUAGUCAAAAAACAACAUCGAGAACGGACAACAAAUGAAAAUACUGAGAAGAAAAAGGAUGAAAAGAUGAAUGGUCUUGUUGAAACUGUCGAUUCAUUGUCAAAUAAAGAUCUCGCUGUGGAUGUCAUUGACCAAGAAGACAAAAAAUUAUUGAAAACAAUUCUUCUUCAACAACAACAACAUGAAGAAAUCAAUAGACAACAAUUAUUAUUGAAAGAAUUAACUGAAACACAACCGAAAUGUUAUCCAUAUUUUGAAUUCUUACCAAUAAGUCUGUCUCCGAAUAGUAAACAAUCAGAACCUCCAUCUUUGACCAGUAUGUCCUCUUCUACUUCUGCAUCAAUUUGUGUUUAUUGGUCCGGAUCUUGUUAUCUUUUCUUUUAUGCAUUGGAUAAUUUUUCAAAAAAAGAUGAAGAAUGUCUAAUCGAAGAAAUACGAUAUUUCGGUUCAAAAAUAAUGUAUAUCUCAGUUACUCAUUCUAAUCAUUUCAUAAAUGAUGACAAGCACAAUUUGUCAAAGAAACUGGAAUACAUGAAUUCUCAAGAUAAUAAUUAUUAUUUAGUGAUUGGUCUUCAAUCUGGAUUAGUUAUCAUUAAUCAACUACUUCAAUCAGGAAGAUACUUACCUAUAAUUCAUAUUGAAUCAGGAUCGCUGGUAGAUGCAAGUUUGUUGACAAGUACUAAAAACACCACCAGUAUACUACUGACUGCAUGUUAUCUAACUGUGAACAGACGACACUCAUCCGAAAAUGAUUUUCUGUUACGCCGAGAAUUCGCAUUUGAUAUUUAUAGUUUAGAUAAAAAUCAAUUGACAUGGAAAAAAUUACUUAUGGUAGGUAAAAAGAAAUUCCGUUGUCAAGCCAUUACAAUUUUAAGCGUGGAUAAUGAUAAUUUCAGUAUAGUUGUCUGUUUAGUUUUAUCAAACAAUUUGCUCAUUUAUCCAUUGAAUCAUUGCUUACAACAUGAGCAGUCGAUUAAUACACAUCAAGCUGAAAUGCAUCACUCAAACCAAAUGGCUGACUGCGACCUUGAACAAUUUUGUCAACAUUCUUUACAAAUUAGCUUACCUAAUCCAUAUGUAAUUAGCUUGAACACAGGUACUGUUAGUUUAUUCCCAGAAGUCAAUGAACAAUGCAUAGACAAUGGAGAAUUUCAUAAUCAGUUACGUUUGAUUAAACGUUCAACAAACUCAACUAUUCAUGAAUUUGACAAUGAAACUCAAUUGAAGCAGGAUGAAAUGUGGAAAGAACAGAAAUUAAGCGGAAGACAAGAUAUUUAUGAACUUUGGAUACGAGGAACUAACAUUGAUCAACUUGAUGAGGGGAAAAUCCAAUCGAAAUUAUUUCGUGUUUAUUUAAAGCAUAAACCAAUUGAAAUUCACAAUGAUUAUUCAUUGGCAUUGAAUAAUACUGAGGCGAAUAUGAACGUGUCGUGUUCUUCUGAUACACUUAUUCAAUCAUAUUCAAAUAAAUUAUUACUGAAAAGAAACUUCAAUGAAACAAUCCGAAGGUUAUCAUUUCAAAAUGUUUGGAAACAAUUAGCCACUUUGUAAUCAAUCACUGUUGCCAUUGAUUUUGAAUGUUAGUUUUCUGAUUACAGAUUCGGUAUAAUUAGAAGAAC